AUGGCAUCUGGGAGUGAUGGACCGGACACAUUAAAGACCCCAAAACACACCAAUCGCCUGAGUAAAGAGAAGUCUUCCUAUGUAUUACAACAUGCACAUAACCCUGUGGACUGGUAUCCUUGGGGACAAGAAGCCUUUGAUAAAGUGAAGAGUGAAGACAAGUCCAUUUUUCUUUCAGUGGGUUAUUCCACCUGUCACUGGUGUCACGUGAUGGAGAGGGAAUCGUUUGAAGAUGAGGAGAUUGGAAAAAUCCUCAGUGAGAACUUUGUCUGUAUAAAGGUGGACAGAGAGGAGAGGCCUGAUGUGGACAAAGUUUACAUGACAUUUUUGCAGUGGCGGAGCAACGGAGAAACCCUGGAGUCUAGUGGAGAGAGAGUACUGGAAGCCCUCAGGAAGGGGACAGAAAUCUUUGCCAGCCCUGGAGAAACUCUUCCAUCCGGCCCAGAUGUUGCCAACAGAUGUUAUCAGCAGCUGGCUCAUUCAUAUGAGGAAGAAUAUGGAGGCUUUCGAGAGGCUCCGAAGUUCCCUUCACCAGUGAACCUGAUGUUCCUGAUGUCAUUUUGGGCAGUAAAUCGUGCCAGCUCUGAGGGAGCAGAAGCGCUGCAAAUGGCCCUUCACACUCUCCGAAUGAUGGCAUUGGGGGGCAUUCAUGACCAUGUGGCACAGGGCUUUCACAGAUACCCCACAGACUCCUCCUGGCAUGUUCCUCAGUUUGAAAAUAUGUUAUAUGACCAAGGCCAGCUUGCUGUGGCCUAUAUCACUGCUUACCAGGUGUCUGGGGAACGCCUAUUUGCAGCUGUGGCUCGUGACGUGUUGCUUUACGUCUCCAGAGACCUAAGUGACAAGUCUGGCGGAUUCUAUAGCGCUGAGGAUGCAGAUUCCUUUCCUACGGUGACCAGAGGUUCACUGUGUGCUGAAGUUAUUCUGGCAGAUUCUAUAGCGCUGAGGAUGCAGAUUCCUUUCCUAAGGUGGAAUCCACCGAGAAGAGAGAGGGAGCGUUUUUGUGUGUGGACAGCAGGAGAGAUCAGAGCGCUGCUUCCUGACAUCGUGGAAGGCGCCGUAGGAGGUGCAACACAGGCGGAUAUCUUCAUGCAUCAUUAUGGUGUGAAAGAGCAAGGCAACGUGGACCCCGCUCGGGUGUCUGGGGAACGCCUAUUUGCAGCUGUGGCUCGUGACGUGUUGCUUUACGUCUCCAGAGACCUAAGUGACAAGGACCCCCAUGGAGAGCUGCAGGGUCAAAAUGUGCUGAUUGUGCAUUACUCAGUGGAGCUCACCGCUGCUCACUUUGGCAUAAGUGUGGACAGACUGUCCGAGCUGCUGUCCGAUGCCAGGGCCAAGCUGGCUGAGAAGAUCUUGACCUUCGCUACUAAUGUUCUCUCCAGUGCAUCUCCCUUCGCAGGCUUCCUGGAUGACUACGCCUUUGUGGUGUGUGGGCUGCUGGACCUGUUUGAGGCCACGCAAAGGGUCCGCUGGCUGCAGUGGGCCGAAGGACUCCAGCUGAGGCAGGAUCAGCUCUUCUGGGAUUCCCAGGGCAGCAGCUACUUCUGCAGCGGCCCCUCAGAUCCGACGCUGCUGUUAGCUCUCAAACAGGAUCAGGAUGGUGCCGAACCCAGUGAAAACUCUGUCUCGGCCAUGAACUUGCUGUGA